AGCCGGCUGUCGAAAUCGCCGCAACACCAUCUCGUGAAAUCGACCGCAAUAUCCCCAUUGAAAUCACGAUCAACAAGUUGUCGCUCGUCAUGGCUGGCAAAGGAGACAUUGGUUUAAUCGGCCUGGCCGUCAUGGGCCAAAACCUCAUCCUCAACAUGGCCGAUCACGGUUUCACGGUGGUCGCUUUCAACCGGUCCAUCGAAAAAGUGCACCAGUUCCUCGCCAACGAGGCCAAGGGCAAGAGCAUCGUGGGCGCCGAGUCCAUCGCCGACUUGGCCUCCAAGCUCAAACUGCCCCGAAGAAUCAUGUUGCUCGUCAAAGCCGGCGACGCCGUCGAUAACUUCAUCGGCCAAUUGGUGCCUCAUUUACAACAGGGCGAUAUCAUCAUAGACGGCGGCAACUCCGAAUACCAAGACAGCGAGCGGCGCUCCAAGGAACUGGCUGCUAAAGGCAUUCGGUUCGUUGGAUCCGGCGUGUCAGGUGGGGAAGAAGGUGCUCGGUACGGUCCCAGUUUGAUGCCCGGAGGAAACAAAGAAGCGUGGCCGUACAUUAAAGACAUUUUCCAAGGAAUUGCCGCCAAAGCCGAUGGCCAGCCGUGCUGCGAUUGGGUGGGUAACGAUGGAGCCGGUCACUUCGUGAAAAUGGUACACAACGGGAUUGAAUACGGAGACAUGCAGCUCAUCGGUGAGGUUUACCACCUAAUGACCGCCCUCGGUAUCAACCAAGAACAAAUGGCGCAAACUUUCGAUAGGUGGAACAAAGGGAUAUUGGAUAGCUUCCUCAUUGAGAUUACUAGAGAUAUUUUGCAGUAUAAAGACAAAGAUGGUAAAUAUCUUCUUCCGAAAAUUAGAGAUACUGCCGGGCAAAAAGGUACGGGAAAAUGGACAGCGAUUUCCGCUCUAAACUACGGAGUGCCGGUAACUCUAAUAGGAGAGGCUGUGUUCAGUCGUUGUUUAUCGGCUCUUAAAAGCGAGAGACAGCAUGCGAGCACGAAACUCCAAGGACCCACGACCAAAUUCUCCGGUAACGUUGAAAAGUUCCUAGAUGACUUAGAGCAAGCCUUAUACGCCGCAAAAAUCGUAUCGUACGCUCAGGGAUUCAUGUUGCUGAGGGAAGCCGCUAAGGUUCACAAUUGGGACCUUGAUUACGGCGCGAUUGCUCUAAUGUGGAGAGGAGGCUGCAUCAUCAGAUCCGUAUUCCUGGGUAAAAUCAAGGAAGCAUUCGAUAAGGACACAAAUUUGCAAUCUUUGCUGUUAGAUCCUUUCUUCUUAAAUGCUAUUACUAAAGCCCAAACCGGGUGGAGAAAUGUCGUUUCAACCGCUGUUAAUCUAGGGAUUCCCACACCGGCUUUGGGUACCGCUUUGGCGUUCUAUGACGGGUACAGGACGGAACGUCUUCCUGCAAAUCUCUUGCAAGCUCAGAGAGACUAUUUCGGUGCUCACACGUAUGAGCUAUUAGGCCAAGAGGGAAAAUUCGUGCACACUAACUGGACGGGUCACGGUGGAAAUGUAUCCGCAUCAACGUAUGAUGCAUAAAAUUUGGGAAUGUCUUGAGGUUGUUAAAUUUUUAAAAUAUAUAUUUAUAUUUUUGUUUAACGCG